GCACGAGGGGUUGAGCAGCCUGCAACAUUUAUAAACUACUCGUCCUACUCCACUCGGCAGCGUCUGGCAGCUAGCCGGGUUGACUAGUGCCACUACAGCAAUACUCAUCAGUAUACUCACUGAGCAGAGUAUUGUUCAGAGCGUGAUCCAAGAGGCGACGGGCGGCACUGCGUUGGCGACGGCGGCAGCGGCGGAGCACGACAAGAAAUGGCUGCCUGCACCGCCCUCCGCCCUCUCCGGCUACCAGCAGUCCCAGAGCAGGCCUCUUCAGUCCUUCGUUUACCAAAAAACAGAGUUGCUGUCACCGGACGAAAGAGCUUCGCCAGUAGGGCCAGCUCGAAUCCGGGCAAUGUGAGCAUCCCAAAGCAAUGGUACAACCUCGUCGCUGACCUGCCGGUGAAGCCGCCGCCACAGCUGCACCCACAGACCCACCAGCCGCUGGUCCCCAGCGACCUGGCCCCUCUGUUCCCUGACGAGCUCAUCAGGCAGGAGCUCACCGAGGAGCGUUUCAUCGACAUACCCGAAGAGGUCCGCGACGUCUACGAGCUCUGGCGCCCAACGCCACUGAUCAGGGCAAAGAGGCUGGAGAAGCUGCUUGGCACACCGGCGAAGAUCUACUACAAGUACGAAGGGACUAGUCCGGCGGGAUCGCAUAAGGCGAAUACGGCCGUGCCACAGGCAUUUUACAAUGCCGCGGCUGGGGUCAAGAACGUGGUGACCGAGACUGGCGCCGGUCAGUGGGGCAGCGCGCUCUCCUUCGCCAGCACCCUUUUCGGCCUCAACUGCGAGGUGUGGCAGGUGCGUGCGUCGUACGACCAGAAGCCGUACAGGAGGCUAAUGAUGGAAACAUGGGGCGCGAAGGUGCACCCGUCGCCGUCUGACGUGACAGAGGCUGGCAGGAAGCUCCUGGCGGCGGACCCGACCAGCCCAGGCAGCCUCGGGAUGGCCAUCUCGGAGGCAGUGGAGGUAGCUGCCACCAACGGCGACACCAAGUACUGCCUCGGCAGCGUGCUGAACCAUGUCCUGCUCCAUCAGACCGUCAUCGGUGAGGAAUGCCUGGAGCAGCUGGCGGCACUCGGCAUCACCCCGGAUGUCGUCAUCGGCUGCACCGGCGGCGGCUCCAACUUCGGCGGUCUCGCAUUCCCCUUCAUGCGCGAGAAGCUCGCCGGCAAGAUGAACCCGCAGUUCAAGGCCGUCGAGCCCGCCGCGUGCCCUACGCUCACCAAGGGUGUCUAUGCCUACGACUACGGCGACACGGCCGGGAUGACGCCGCUGAUGAAGAUGCACACCCUCGGCCACGGCUUUGUCCCGGAUCCCAUCCAUGCAGGUGGCCUUCGCUACCAUGGAAUGGCACCUCUGAUCUCCCAUGUGUAUGAGCUCGGCUUCAUGGAGGCUAUGUCCAUAAAGCAGACUGAAUGCUUCGAAGCUGCCUUACAAUUUGCACGGACGGAGGGCAUCAUCCCGGCGCCGGAGCCGACCCACGCAAUCGCCGCGGCAAUCAGGGAAGCGCUAGAGUGCAAGAGGACUGGGGAAGAGAAGGUCAUCCUCAUCGCCAUGUGUGGCCACGGCCACUUCGACCUUGCCGCCUAUGACCGGUAUCUGAGAGGUGACAUGGUUGAUCUCGCACACUCGGAUGAGAAGCUCCAGGAGUCUCUGGCCGACAUUCCCAAAGUAUGAUGCUACAUAGUGGUAGAACACAAUAAGAUGAACAAUGUGACUCUUGCUUGGGAGUCUAGGCACGUCAGGUUAAUCUGCUGGGGAAUAUGAGUAUGCGGACAAAUAAUUUGAUGAAUAAAUGGAGUUAUCCCUUUUGUAGCA